AUGAACAUUCGUGAACAGAUUUUGGGCAUGUUUGCCCACAUAAGCCAUAACCGACUCAAGGCCAAGGGACUCGGCCAACACAACAAUGCCCAAAACUACAGAAACCAGGACUUUGAGGAACUGCAAGCAGACUGCCUUAGCAUGGGAGAGUUGUUUGAAGACCCCAUAUUCCCUGCAGUACCCAGUUCCCUGGGCUUCAAGGAUCUGGGCCCCAACUCCAGGAGUGUUCAGAACAUCUUGUGGCAGCGGCCCAAGGAUAUUGCAAGCAACCCCCAGUUCAUCGCAAAUGGGGUCUCUCCCACAGACAUCUGCCAAGGGGUACUCGGGGACUGCUGGCUGCUGGCCGCCAUUGGCUCCCUCACCACGUAUCCCAAACUGCUGUACCGAGUGGUGCCCAGGGAACAGAGCUUCAGGAAAAACUAUGCGGGCAUCUUCCAUUUUCAGAUCUGGCAGUUUGGGCAGUGGAUGGACGUGGUGGUGGAUGACCGGCUGCCCACCAAGAACGCCAAGUUGGUGUUCGUGCACUCCUCAGAGCGCACCGAGUUCUGGAGCGCCCUGCUGGAGAAGGCGUACGCCAAGCUGAGCGGGUCCUACGAAGCACUGGCAGGGGGCAGCACCACGGAGGGCUUUGAGGACUUCACCGGUGGAGUGGCCCAGAGCCUCAAUCUCUUGAGGCCCCCUGAUAACCUGCUGAGGCUCUUUAGGAAGGCGGUGGAUCGAUCCUCCCUCAUGGGCUGCUCCAUUGAAGUCACUAGUGACAGUGAGAUGGAAUCCAUGACUCAUAGAAUGCUGGUGAGAGGACAUGCUUAUGCAGUGACUGGCCUUGAGGAUAUCCGCUUCAAGGGCAGGAUGGAAACACUGAUUCGGAUCCAGAAUCCCUGGGGCCGGGUUGAGUGGAAUGGAGCCUGGAGUGACGAGUCCAGAGAGUGGAAGGAGGUGGAUUCCAAACUCCGGGUGCAGCUGCUGAACAAGAAGGAGGACGGGGAGUUCUGGAUAUCCUACUACGACUUCAUGAACAACUUCACGCUCCUGGAGAUCUGCAACCUCACCCCGGAUGCGCUCUCUGGGGACCACAAGCGCUCCUGGCACACCACCUUCUACGAGGGCAGCUGGAGGAGGGGCAGCACUGCGGGGGGCUGCAGGAACCACCCUGACACAUUCUGGACCAACCCCCAGUUUAAGAUCUAUCUACCAGAGGAGGAUGACCCGGAGGAGGACGUUGAGGGAGACCAAGUCUGCACCUGCCUGGUGGCCCUGAUGCAGAAGAACUGGCGGCAUGCGCGGCCCCAGGGAAUGCAGCUGCACACCAUUGGCUUUGUCGUCUUCCCAGUCCCAAAAGAGUUUCAGAACGUCCAGGAUGUGCACUUGAAGAAGGAUUUCUUCAAGAAGUAUCAGGACAAUGGCUUCUCAGAGACCUUCAUCAACUCACGGGAGGUGAGCAACCACCUCCGGCUGCCUCCAGGACAAUACAUCAUUGUCCCCUCUACCUUUGAGCCACACAAAGAGGCCGACUUCCUGCUGCGGGUCUUCACUGAAAAGCACAGCCAGUCUUGGGAACUGGAUGGAUUCAGCUACGAAGAGCUUCUCCAGGAGGAAACCCCGUCUAAGAAGGACAUAGAUGAGGACUUCAUAAAUUUGUUUGAGACAGUGGCAGGCCAGGACAAGGAAAUAGACCAAUAUGAGCUACAGAAACUGCUCAACAGAACGGCUUUCAAACUCAAAUACAAGAUCAAGGGCUUUGGCUUGGAAACCUGUCGCCGUAUGAUCAGCCUCAUGGAUAAAGAUGAAUCUGGAAAGAUGGGGAUUUUGGAGUUCCAGGUCCUGUGGAAAAAAAUCAAGAAAUGGACGGAGAUCUUCCGAGAGUGUGACGAGGACCAAUCAGGCAACUUGAACUCCUACGAGAUGCGCUCGGCAAUUGAGAAAGCAGGCAUUAAGCUGAACAACAAAGUGCUGCAGGUGCUGGUGGCAAGGUAUGCAGAUGAAAACAUGCUUGUGGAUUUUGAUGACUUCAUCAGCUGCUUCCUGAAACUGAAGGCCAUGUACAUGUACUUUCUCAGCAAGGAUCCCAAGAAUACUGGCUAUAUUCGUUUGGACUUGGAGCAGUGGCUGGUGAUGACCAUGAUAUAGGCACUCUGCUGGAGCCUGGCUCCCUCCCUCUGCCAGCUGGGGGUGCUGGCCAAGGAGGUUGGGGUGCCCCUUGCCGCCCUCAGCUCUCUGGUCGGCUGGGCCCGGAGGCCGUGUUUACUCCACUGUCGCUCUUCCUGCUUGGAGGGGUUCUUUGUCCCCCACCAGCUUCUAGUAGCUGGAUCAACCCCACCAUCUCAAAUUUUCUCCCAGUAUAUUUCAUUAAAACUUAAGUUAGGCUUCCUCCUGUUCCCCCCGUGUGAGACAGCCGAGAAUAGGGAAGGCACCUGAGCUGCUUGGUGCCCUCCAGCUUUCUGUCCACUCACCUGCCUGCCAACCCAAUCCUCCUGUGGCAUCGCUUCUCUCUCCUUUCCCUCACCCGUGGAUGUUAUUGUAAUAAAGAGCACAUGCCACUA